AUGCCUUUCAAGAGAUAUGUGGAGAUCGGGAGGGUAGCUCUUGUCAACUACGGCAAAGAAUACGGCAGGCUGGUAGUUAUCGUCGACGUCAUCGAUCAGAACCGGGCUCUGGUUGAUGCCCCAGAUAUGGUAAGGAGCCAAAUGAACUUCAAGAGGCUUUCACUUACUGAUAUUAAGAUUGAGAUCAACCGGGUUCCAAAGAAGAAGGCUUUGAUUGAAGCUAUGGAGAAGGCUGAUGUUAAGAACAAAUGGGAGAAUAGCUCUUGGGGUAGAAGGCUGAUUGUCCAGAAGAGAAGGGCAUCUCUCAAUGACUUUGAUCGGUUCAAGUUGAUGUUGGCUAAGAUCAAGAAGGGUGGAUUGAUCAGGCAGGAGCUUGCGAAGUUGAAGAAAGAAAAUGCUGCUUAA